AUGUGGCCGCUCAUAAGAAUCGGCGUCUCCAUCAUGGUCGUCUCCCUCGCCGGAUUCGUCGGCGCCUGCUACCAGAAUAGCUUCCUCAUAUACCUCUACCUGUGGGCCAUGUUCAUCAUCAUCGCCACCCUACUCGGCUUCGUCAUCUUCGCCUACGCCGUCACCGGCAAGGGUUCCGGCCAGCCCAUGAUGAACCGGGCCUACCUCGACUACUCGCUCCAGGACUACUCGGGUUGGCUCUCGGAUCGGGUCGCGAGUGAUAGUUACUGGGCCAAAAUCGGGUCCUGCAUUAGGGAUUCGCGCGUGCAGAAAGAUGAGCAGAAAUAUUGGGGGCGUUCCUGA